GUCCUUGGCAGGUCGGAGCAGCCUUCCACUGGCCCUGGCCCUUUGGGAGGGGGCAUAGUUAGCCGGAAUGGAAGGAGGAGCCGCUGCACCUUUAAGUAUCAUUGGAGGAAGCGACAGCCCAGGAGCUGAUAUAUAGAGGGCAGGCCGCCGCCGCAGUCGAUUGUGGGGCGCCCCCGACCUGACCCGCGUGAAUCAGCUGGCGAGCUGGGCUGCUGGCGCCGGAGGGUCAGAGCCUAGGCCGACCCCAGCCAAGAAGGUCAGGGUGAGGCGAGUAGUCUGGGCGACCAUGGCCACGCUGCUGGGCGCCUACCCCUGGCCGGACGGGUUAGAGUGCCAGGCUUUGGAUGGGGAGCUCUCUGACGGGCUGGCCUCGCCCGCAUCCCAUCGUACCCCGGGGGAUAAGGGCGCGGAGAGUCGCAUCCGCCGGCCCAUGAACGCCUUCAUGGUAUGGGCCAAGGACGAGAGGAAGCGACUGGCAGUGCAAAACCCCGAUUUACACAAUGCGGAGCUCAGCAAGAUGCUGGGAAAGUCCUGGAAAGCUCUGACCCUCUCCCAGAAGAGACCCUAUGUGGAUGAAGCCGAGAGGCUCCGGGUGCAACAUAUGCAGGACUACCCCAACUAUAAGUACCGCCCUCGUCGAAAGAAGCAACUCAAGCGCAUCUGCAAACGGGUGGACCCAGGUUUCCUGCUGAGCAGCCUGUCUCGGGACCAGAACUCCCUCCCGGACAAGAGGUGUGGCAGCAGGGUUUCUGUGGGGGAGAAGGAGGAACAUGGUGAGUACUCCCCAGCUACAGCCCUUCCCAGCCUCCGGGGCUGCUACCAGGAGGUGCCCAAUGGCAGCUGUGCCAGUGGCAGCAGCUCCACUAGCAGCGUGGAUGCCUACCCGUAUGGGUUGCCCACCCCACCAGAAAUGUCUCCAUUGGAUGUCCUGGAACCUGAGCAGACCUUCUUCUCUUCCUCCUGCCAGGAAGAGCACCCUCAUUCCCACCGUCUCCCACCCAUGCCAGGAGCCACGUACUCUCCAGAAUACAUGCCCAGCCCCCUCCACUGUAAUCACCCAUUGGGCUCCAUCGCCCUCACCCAAUCCCCAGGCGUCUCCAUGAUCCCCUCGGUGACCAGCUGCUCGCCUUCCCCAGCAUACUAUUCUCCCCCUGCCUUCCAUGCUCUCCACCCCAACCUUCAGGCCCACUUGGGCCAGCUCUCCCCUCCCCCUGAGCACCCAGCUUUUGAUGCCCUGGAUCAACUGAGCCAGGUGGAACUCUUGGGGGACAUGGACCGGAAUGAAUUUGACCAGUAUUUGAACACUCCGGGCCAUCCAGACUCUACGGUCACUCUCAGUGGACAUGCCCCAGCCUCCCAGGGGACACCGGGGGGGCCCCCGGAGACCAGCCUCAUCUCGGUGCUGGCCGAUGCCACCGCCACCUACUACAACAGCUAUAGUGUCUCCUAGGCCUCCGGACACCCUCCUCCUUCUCCUCCGGGUCCUCCGAACUCAGCGGAGAGACGAAACAGUAUUACCGCUGGCUUUGCUCGACACGAUGCCCCUGAGCGCUCCCCAGAACGUGUCAGAGUCCAAGCAGGCGGAUUGGGAUCUACUUCAUCUGACAAAUAAAUGGACUUUGGUGGACCCACGCUCCCUUCUUGACAACUAGUGCCACUUCCCUUCAACCUGUUCUCUGAGAAUCUCGCUUCCUAAUUCUCUCUACGAGGUGGACAUGUCAAUGGAAGUCUCCUCCUGCCAUUUAAGACUGAAUUUUUUUUCCCUCUGACUUUCCUCUAGACUCUCCUCAUCCUAUGAAAUAUAAUUGCUCUUACUCCAUCUUUGGGAGUCCUUCUGUUGUACUCUUUUCCUGCAUGCCCCAGGCACGAGCUUGCAGAAGUUGGCACAAAAAGCUUGGAUUGCUGGGUCAGCCUAGUGGAAAGAGCUGGGGACAGGGAGUCAGGAAAAGUCCUGCUCCCAGACAAGCUAUGUGACACAGGAUGGCAUUGAUCAUCUCCAGGCCUCAGUUUCCUCUUCUGUCAAACAAGGCCAUUAAUCUAGGUGGUCUCUAAAGUUCCCUCCAUCCUCUUGGGAAACAAAAAUUGAUUAUGCUUUCAAUAGUGCUCUCUGCAUUCUGCCAAUUUUUUUCCUUUUUAAUUGCUGCUUUAAAAAAAAAAAUCUGUAAGAGAAACCAAAUUAAAACAACCACUCCCAUGAUUUGGGAAAUUUUUAGUUUAAGGGUUAUGGAAAAUAAGAAUGUAGAGGUGAAAGGAAGAUAACUAAAGACAUUUUUACAAACUUCUAGUCAAAAAUACACGAAAACAACUGUAAUCACUUCUAUAUCUGAAGAUACACUUGAAUUGUUUCAUAUACAUCCAUCCAUCCAUAUAUAUACAGGACUAUUCUGGAAUAUUCCCACCAAACCCCAAAGUUUCUCUUAACCAGAAGGGCCCUGAAGCAGGUUAGGACCAAACAGACUCACUCUAUUCCAAUACUGGGGCUUUUUGGAUCUAUGUACCAUAUUUUGUUGUAGCCCUCGCUCUAUAGGAAGGUUCCUCCUUCGUCCCUUAUCUCCGCCUCUGCUCCUGUCUUGCUUUUUUCUCCUUAUUUCUCUACUUCUGUCCUUCCUUUUGUCUCUCAAAGAAAUAUAGACACUCACCCUGAAAGAUUUUAUGAGCCCCGCUCCCAUCCUAUAGACAUUUCCAGCCUUCUCCAAAGCUUUUGAAGGAAUAUACUCAACCCUGAGCAACAAGACCACUGACUGUCUUUCAAUUUCAGUGUAUUAUUGCUUAUCAGGAACCUGUAAACUGAUUAUAUAUUCUUCCCCCAUUUCUCCCUGUAUUUUGUAUUGUUAAAAUUUCUCAUUUUUCCUUCCAUGAAAAGUUUUAUUGUAAAUCAAAUAUAAAAACAUGAUUAAUCUUCAUGUUAUUACUGCAUAUGAAAUUUGAUAAUAAAUAAUAAAUAGUUGUAGUUAUGAUUGACUGAUGUGCAAUCUUGAAUGUGUAUUAAUUAUCUUGUCAAACACUACAGUUAUUAAGCUAAAAUGUUCCAUCUUUUAUAAGGGAAAUGUUUGCUUUGGAACAGCUGUGUAGAUAUGAGUUUGUUUAAAAUAUUUAAUUUAAAUAAACAUUUUUUUUACCAUGAUGAUUGUAUCAUUUGAAUCAUAAUUUUGCUCUCCAAAAUGCAAAAAGAAAAAGGUUUUCAUGAGAGAAACAUUUAUUGUAUCUAUAUGUGCAACUUUUGUAUGUAAUAUUAGUCAAAAUCUUUUCUACGUUAACUUUUCAAAAAAUAAACUAUUUGUGGAUAUAUUUA